GCUUCCCGUUGUUCAUAUCCACACGUGAAGGUCAGCAAAAAACAGCCUCUCCGCGUUUAUAAUUAGAAUAAAUAUCGGAACUUCGACGUUUUUUGCCGACAUGGACGGCCAAGGAGCUUCAGCGGACCCUCAGCUUCAACAUUUCAUCGAAAUCGAGUCUCAGAAACAGAGAUUUCAGCAGCUGGUGCAUCAGAUGACUGAGGUUUGCUGGGAAAAGUGCAUGGAUAAACCGGGACCCAAGCUGGAUUCCAGGACUGAAGUCUGUUUCGUUAACUGCGUGGAGCGAUUUAUAGACACCAGCCAGUUCAUCCUGAACAGAUUGGAACAGACUCAGAAGAGCAGGGGAGGAUUCUCUGAGACGAUGUUGGAUUAAAAACUGUAACUGGAAGUUUUAUAGAAAAAAAAAGUUUAAAAAAAUCAAUCAAACAAACAAAAAAACAUGCUCAUGCUGUUUGGUCCAAAUACAGCAGUCUGUACAGUAAGCUGAAGAGUCCAGUCAACUGGGAAACAACCACAACAAGUGUUACCUUGAAAAUAAGUGCCUGACGUCUAAACCAUGUACAGACCUGGGUAAAAGUUUAGGGUUGUGUUUUGUGACUACAGGAAGACGAGUGUUGAGGUGGUGGUUUGUUGCUGACUGUCAGCUUUUUGAAUUCAUGUUCAGAUGGUGACGUUUGAUUAUGAUGAGAUGUUUUUCAGAUACAUGGACCAAAAAUCUCUAUCUGAAAAACAUGGAUUUUUCAGAACAUGGAUUUUUGUAACAACUUCUUGACCGAAGAUCAGUACUCAAAAGACUGGACUGUAAAUAUGCAAUAAACAAAAUGCCAAAUAA